AUGAAGCUCGUUUGGUCCCCAGAAACCGUUCAAUCAUGUGAGAAAUUCAAGGAAUCGGGGGUACCCGAGUUGCUAUCAGCCAUGGCUGCAGGAUUUAACACAAAGUUCAUAGUGGAAUCUUGGUGCUACGGUGGUCCUAUAGCCGCAAGCGUAGGCUUAGCAGUUGCAGCUCGCAACACGGGUGCAAGACACGUGUGCAUAGUCCCAGAUGAACAGUCAAGGGUGCAGUACAUAGAGGCCCUGGCAGAGAUGGGGGUGUCUCCGCCGCCGGAGGUGGUGGACGGGGAGGCGGAGGUGGCGGUGUCACGGCUGGCGGGGCUGGACUUUCUGGUGGUGGAUUGCAAGAGGAGGGAGUUCGCUAGGGUUCUGAGGGUGGCCAAAGUGAGUCCUAAAGGAGCAGUUCUGGCAUGCAAGAAUGCAUGGCAGAGAAAUUUCUGUGGCGGAUUCAGAUGGAGCGUGGUGCUACAAAGGGGUGUACGUACAUGUGUUGUUCGCUGCAGGCGCAGUAGAAAGAGGAACAGAGGGUGUCGUUCUUCUUCAAACGCAGUCACCAUGGGGCGUAUGCACAGUCGAGGUAAGGGUAUUUCCAGUUCGGCUCUUCCAUACAAGAGGACGCCACCUAGCUGGUUGAAGAUUUCGUCUCAGGAUGUGGAGGAGAACAUCUGCAAGUUUGCCAAGAAAGGUCUCACUCCAUCUCAAAUUGGUGUUAUUCUUCGUGACUCUCAUGGAAUUGCACAGGUGAAGAGUGUCACUGGUAGCAAGAUUCUCCGUAUCUUGAAAGGCCAUGGGCUUGCUCCUGAAAUUCCUGAAGAUUUGUAUCACCUGAUCAAGAAGGCUGUAUCCAUUAGGAAGCACUUGGAGAGGAAUAGGAAGGACAAGGAUUCAAAAUUCAGGUUGAUUUUGGUUGAGAGUAGGAUUCACCGCCUUGCCCGUUACUACAAGAAGACAAAGCAGCUUCCACCUGAACAAGAGGCUUUGCGUCAGAGUGGAUGGGGAAGUGGAAGUAUCUCAGAUUAUUGUAGAUGGAAUGGUAUUGUGUGCAAUGAAGCUCAAAAUUAUUUAUUCCUUGGGCUCACCUACACGUUCAAAUCGCGCGAGCCAAAUGUCAACGCCCUCUCAUAUCUGACGCCUCUGUCUCAAUCUCUUUGUAUAUAUUCAUCCUCUCGGCACCAUUUUAUCAACAAACACACACCUAACGCUGCCAAGUACGUCAAAGUGUACCUUUAUUCUUCCUUCAAUAUCAAAAUCCUGACCCAGAAACUAAUCAAGAUAACACACACCAAGAGAAAGAAGACACACAUACACCAUGAAGCUCGUUUGGUCCCCAGAAACCGUUCAAUCAGUAAGCACCCUUUUCACCAAGAUUCAAGAACCUGUGAGAAAUUCAAGGAAUCGGGGGUACCCGAGUUGCUAUCAGCCAUGGCUGCAGGAUUUAACACAAAGUUCAUAGUGGAAUCUUGGUGCUACGGUGGUCCUAUAGCCGCAAGCGUAGGCUUAGCAGUUGCAGCUCGCAACACGGGUGCAAGACACGUGUGCAUAGUCCCAGAUGAACAGUCAAGGGUGCAGUACAUAGAGGCCCUGGCAGAGAUGGGGGUGUCUCCGCCGCCGGAGGUGGUGGACGGGGAGGCGGAGGUGGCGGUGUCACGGCUGGCGGGGCUGGACUUUCUGGUGGUGGAUUGCAAGAGGAGGGAGUUCGCUAGGGUUCUGAGGGUGGCCAAAGUGAGUCCUAAAGGAGCAGUUCUGGCAUGCAAGAAUGCAUGGCAGAGAAAUUUCUGUGGCGGAUUCAGAUGGAGCGUGGUGCUACAAAGGGGUGUACGUACAUGUGGUUAG